GAUCCUGAGGGCUCGGCGCUGAGCUGCGGCGGCGGCAGCAGCUGGAGGGAGCGGCGCCUGCACGCAGAAGGAGUGUCUUCUGAACCUCGCGCGUGUUUGGCAAGCUCUGGGCGGUACCGGCUGGAGCAAAAAAAAUAAAAUGAAAGACUUGGCUUUACUUUAGCUCUGAAGUCUUGGAGCAAGACGCGGAGACCUUGCCAGAUCAAACAAGUUCAGAAAUACAAAUGGAGGACUGGUCAAAAGAAAUCUUGGAGCAGAAUUCUGAGCAAAAGAACGGUGUCUCUGCUCCCAGUUACCUGAAUUUGCACAGUUCUUCAGCAAAAUCACAGCCAAGAGAACAAGCCAUUCAGACUAAAAGUGAACAGCUAAACUGUUCUGAUCAGCCAACAUCCAGUUUAAGCAUUAUGCAAACUGCUUGUACCAAAACUUUGCAGCUACGUAAUCUCACUGUCUCUUGCACUGAUAAAAGGUUAAGCUCUACUGAAAAGCAAGGAAGAGAAGUUAUGCCUGACAACAUGGAUCCUUUACAUGUCACAGCAAACCUAGAUAAAGAAAAGGAUAUUACAUUCCUCUUAAGGGAAUUGGACGUUCUAAGGACAAACAAUAAAAAGCUUCAGGACCGGCUGUCUGAAAAAGACAAGGAGCUGAAGACAAUAAAGCUGGACUUAGAGCUGCAGGAGAGAGUGGCAGAAGCGAAGAUUGCAGAAAAGGCUGCAGCUCUAGUAGAAGAGAUUCAUUGUGCACAGCGAGAGCGCGAUGAGGCUGUCAUGACUAGGCUGAAGCUUCCCAACGAAGAGAGAGAGGAUGCGUGUAAACGAAUGAAACUCUUGGAACGAUCUUUUGAAACGCUAGAAAAUAUUAACCCUGAAGAAAAUGACAUGACAUUACAGGAAUUACUGAACAGAAUAAACAAUGCAGACACCGGGAUGGCGAUAUGGAGGAGUGGAGCUGAAAUUGUCGAUCGAAUAUACAGGACCCAGGAACGGAAAAAGAAAAUAAUAGCUGAAGAAAUGAAUGCAGUGAUAGAAGAGCGAGAUGCUGCAUUGGCUCAAUGCAAACUGCUGGAGCAGGAGCUUCAUCAUAUGAAAGAGCAGAACCAGACUUCUGCAAACAACACGAGACAUCUGACUGCUGAAAACAAUCAAGAACGUGCUCUGAAGGAAAAAUUGAUGGCUAUGCAACAAGAAAGAGAGGCAGCUGUUCAACAAUAUAAAGAACUAGAAGAAGAGCUCCAGACCCUUCGCAUUUAUUACAGUUUACACCAGUCUUUGUCUCAAGAAGUGAACCUUAAGGAUCAGUUCAACGCCACUCUCAUAACUUAUGAAAAAGCUCUGAAAAACAGAGAGGAUGUUGUGUCGAUGCUGCUGCUUCAAAAUGAGGAGCUGACGACCCAUCUUCAGCAAGCAGCAGAAGAGAGAGCAAAUGCAGAAUUGAAGUUUCAGCAAGCUUUAGAGGCUUCACAGGAGGCCAGUGAGAAACUUCAAAAGUUGCAAAGGCUGGUGGACGUCCUAAGGAAGAAGAUUGGCGCAGGGACCAUUAGGACGGUGAUCUGAUAGAAAACUCCAGUCUGGGGAAGCAUUCACAUCUGGUGACCAGGCUGCUUCAUUCAGCGCUGUGUAAACAUUAAAGCCUUAACUUAGCAAACAGUUGUUAGAAGUGGGACACUCCAACGACAUUCCAAGCCGAGAUAAAAUCAAAUCAUAAAUGUUUAACCACUUGGCUGCUGAGUUCUGUGAUUUGUCCAAAGGUAUCCCAACGAAAAUUUAUUUACUUUCAUAGCAGAUCUGUUUUGGUAGGGUUAGCAAGCCUUUGAGAAAGUUUGUGGGUUGCAUACACACGCACACACUAUGGGCAAUUGUUUCUUUACCAAGUGUAGCCUGCUUAGUCAGGUCUUGCUCUUUCUGCCUAAUAUAAGAUGCGAAACCUUUCAGAUUAUUCUUGAACUCUAAAUCCACUGGGUUGAAUAUAAAUAUUGUAAUUAUCCGAUAAUGCUAGAAUUCAAGGUGUAUGUAAGUGAUAGGUGAUCAGAAUAAAAACAUACAUCUAAUAUGUUGUAAAAUGUUGCAUUUUCUCUUCAAGAACACUGUACGUUUUCUGCCAACACUGUAUAGGUUAAUGAAAAUUGUCCCUGUGCAGACAUACUGAAGGGAAGGCAUACAGACCAUUUUCAGGAAAAAUUAAAACAUAUAUCAAGUAGUAGUAGAUAUAUCCUGAUAACUUAGCAAAUUCUUUAUGUUCACAUCUUAAUUGUUCAGUAUGUGAUUUCUUUGGAGAUUCCCGGUCUCAUGUUGUACAGAAGCACAGAAGAUUCAUUAUGUCUCAUUUAAAGCAGUCCUUGUUGUUAUGAACCCUCUCAAAUAAAAGCAAACAAACUGGCGAUAUGAUUAACCUCCCGCAAGAAGUGUACACCCGUGUCAGUUUCCUAUCAUUUAGAAUUGCCCAGGCAAUCUCUUUCUCCAGCUUUCCUUGAUUAUUGUUUUACACAUUCAGUGAAAAAGAUUAUAAUGGAAAAAAUGAAGGAUUGAAGGAAAUAAAUACUAUAUGGUGUA